UUCAAGCCCACAGCGCUCUAUUUUAUUUUGUUCGCACUUAAUUUUACUUAACCAAACAUAUCGGAAUCACUCGAAAUGUCUGCAAUGGUUAAGCUCGAUGUUUCUGGUAUUAUUUAUGGAUCGGUGACGACUUUAAUGGACAGUUGUAUAAAGUCUGUUGUGAACAACUUUGAAAAGAAUGUUGACAAUGUUGGCAGUCUGCCAGCUAAUUUGAAGGACAAAUGUAUAUAUCUGAUGUCAAAGCGAGGAUUCCUUACAGAUUCUAACAUUGGAAAAAUAUUACAUGACAAAGUGAAGGUAUUAGAUCUAGCUGAUUGUGAGAUAUCAGAUGUUGGUUUAUCUGCUAUAUGUAAAUGUCCACAACUCCGCAAGAUUGAUCUAAACUCUAACAAACAGUCUAGAACUAAUAUCACUUCAGAAGGUAUAUGUAAUCUGGCCAGAUCUUGUCGUCAUCUUCAGACUGUUUAUCUUCGGAGAUGCAUCAACAUUACAGAUGUUGCCGUGGAAACAUUGUCAAGGUCAUGCCCUCAAUUACGAUUACUAAACAUCGGUGGAUGUCAGAAUAUAUCAGACUCCUCUCUCAGAGUGCUUGGGGAAAACAGUAAAUUUCUCAAAAGCAUAAAUAUCUCAAACACAUUGGUAUCUGACGCAGGAAUAAUGCAACUCGUGUCGGGACAAUGUGCUGCAGCUCUUACUGAAAUGCAUAUAAAUGGUUGUAAGAAUGUAACAGAUGAAGCAGUUGAGGCUAUCAUGCAGUUCUGUCCUCAGAUCAAUAUACUCAUUUUCCAUGGUUGUCCCAACAUCACAGAACAAUCAAGACAAGCUCUAGAAGAUCUUACAGUUUCACGAUCUGCUCCAAUGAAACAAGUUACCUGGACAAUAUACUGAAACUGGUUACCAUGGUUACGUUAUCCUGUAACCAACCAUAUCUGUGAUAUUAUAUUAUAUAAACAUGUCUGUGUUAUUUGCCUGAACAAUAUAGAGUUAAUUUCUGAGAUUAACCUUCAGAUUAUUUGACUAUAAUCAAUGUGUACAUUUAAUAGUAAUGCAGGGUAUAAUGGAGUGCCUAUAGAAUUGUUACUUUGACAUACAUUUGUAUUGCUUCAGUGGAGUCAAUGUCACAAACUUUACAAUGAAUCUAUUAAUGUUUUGUUAUCCACACAUGUUAAUUUGUUUAUGUUUGUACCAAAUUUUUUUUGAAAUGU